UUAUCGGUUUGUUUACCAGUGCUUAUUUUCUCGGUCCCCAACGGCUGCGGGCUGGCUAUAGCUCUGUGUACGUACCUGAGCUAGGGAUUCUUUAGGGGGCUGGGCCUAGCUGAUAGAUGCCAAAAAGACGUCAUUCAAGGCCGUUUUGCCAACAAGCUUUGGUGGCAGGGGCGGGAGAGACACGGGCCUGGACGUUGUCAGGGGUUGGGCUGCUAAGGUUUGCAGGGGUCCGCGGAACGGGAAGUCUGGGGCCACCAGACAAUCCAAUAUCAGUGCCUGGAGGUGCUUGCGGCAUCGCGAAGGCAGCACGACAUAUGCAAGCUCGCAUCAAGGUCUCUUGCUACUAACUAUCUUCACAAGGGUUGUUUAUUAUAUACAGAAGGGGGCGCUUGGCUUUGGUUCACCGAAAUCGCCAUUCCAUGUCUUAUCAG